GCUCCCCCGCGCGGCGCUCUAACCCGGGUGCGAGGUGGCUCUGGACACCGGCUACUCGGCGGAUGAGAGCUUGCAGCUCCCCGACUCCCGAGUCCACUUCCCGGAUCCCCGCCACCCGGACUGAACCGGGGCGGGGGGGGGGGCGCCCGCCAGAAAGAAAGAGGACGGAAAGCCGGCGGUGGCACCCUGGCCUCGGGAGGGCGGAGCCGUGCGGUCCCUGCUCCGCCUGGACGCGCGGAAGUGCUGUGGAGUUUGCUCAAUUCCCUAGCCUGCUUUCCCUCCCUCAUACCUCCCUCCCUCCCUCUCUCUCCACCCCUCACCUCCCCUACUGCUGUCCCCUCCUUCCUCGGGACGCCACCUCCUGGACUUCUUUUUCUUUUUUGGGAUUUUUGUUUUGUUUUGGACCUGGCUUCCCGCUGGCAGCGCUGAGGGGCUGCAAGUGCGGGGGAAGGAGGCAGGAGGCUGGGGCUCAGCUCAUACCUUCUCCGGCAGCAUCCCCCCGGGCAUCGCGGAGAACGAACCUCCGGCCGGCCGGACAAACAGCCGGCCGCGCCAUCUAUUCGAAGGAACUCCAUCUACCAACUACUGUUAAGUGUUUGCUGGUACACCAGUGGUGGGGGUGGUGAUGGUGGAGCUUUCUACUACCUCUGGACAGGGGUCCUGGGACUGGGAUCAGGGUCAGCUUAGUACUCCGAAACUGCUGAGGAAUUAGGCAAACAAAAGAGGCAGAGAGAGAGAGAGAGAGAGAGAGAGAGAGAGAGAGAGAGAGAGAGAGAGAGAGAGCGAGCGCAGAAGUCCUCUGAGCGGCUUGUUGUGCCCCCUUGUUCUCUGGGGGUGGGGGGCUAGCCACUUGCAGGGCGGGAAGAGGGCACCAGAGCGGGCUAGGCAGGGUCGCACCCCCUAGGUCGUGUAGUUAGUUAUCCUACGGUUGUGCAAGCUUUGGCUCUUGUUUUCCCGGCCUGGCUCGUCUGGAGGCCGGACACAGCCACCCUUGGAACUGGUUCAGGACUUUGCUGUUAUUCUCCUCGCCCCUCUUGGAUUUUCUGGAUUCUUGAAGACGCGGUGGCCAGGGAAGAGAGAGGAAGGAGGAAGGAACAGAUCUUCAGAGGAAUGUGAGAGCCUCCCAAAGGAGCUGGGAGCCGGGAGGCAGAACCUUGCCUGCGUCCCUGGGACCUUGGCAGAUACCCCAAGGCUGGAUAAGGCUGUUUCUGGACCAUGGACGUUUCUUUGAAGAGAAGGCCUUGUGCAUGCCGAGACCCCUGCCUGAGGGUCUGAAUAAGGUAUACUAGACUUUGAGCUGCAAGUACAUUUUUGGACACCCUGCUGAGCAUCCUGAGUUCCGGCAAGGUAUUUCCCGUCCACUAUUGACCUGCCCUGCCCCGUAGCCUAGCCAUGGCACUGAAAGGCCGAGCCCUCUAUGACUUCCACAGUGAGAACAAGGAGGAAAUCAACAUCCAGCAGGAUGAAGACCUGGUUAUCUUUAGUGAGACCUCACUGGAUGGAUGGCUGCAGGGGCAGAACAGCCGUGGGGAGACAGGGCUCUUCCCUGCUUCUUAUGUCGAGAUUGUCCGUCCUGGCAUCAACACCAACCAUGUGGACUACCCCAGCAUCCCUGCAGGCUCCCUGGGCACCCAAGUGAGUUUGUAUAACAGCCCUAGUAUGUCCAGCCAAGCCAGGAGUGGUGGGGGCAGUGGCUUUCUCUCAAACCAAGGAAGCUUUGAGGAUGAUGAUGAUGACGACUGGGAUGACUGGGAUGACGGAUGCACAGUGGUAGAAGAGCCAAGGGCUGGUGGCCUCAGUACCAAUGGGCACCCUCCACUCAACCUUUCCUACCCGGGUGCCUAUCCCAGCCAGCAUAUGGCUUUCCGACCCAAGGCACCCUUGGAAAGGCAGGACAGUCUAGCGUCUGCCAAGCGGGGCAGUGUGGUGGGACGGAACCUCAAUCGUUUCUCAUGUUUUGUGCGCUCUGGAGUGGAGGCCUUUAUCCUUGGUGAUGUGCCCAUGAUGGCCAAGAUUGCUGAGACAUACUCCAUUGAGAUGGGCCCCCGUGGCCCUCAGUGGAAGGCCAACCCCCACCCAUUUGCCUGCUCUGUAGAGGACCCCACCAAACAGACCAAGUUCAAAGGCAUCAAAAGUUACAUCUCCUACAAGCUUACACCCACCCACGCUGGCUCACCUGUUUACCGGCGCUACAAACACUUUGAUUGGCUCUACAACCGCCUUCUACAUAAGUUCACUGUCAUCUCUGUGCCCCACCUGCCUGAGAAGCAGGCCACUGGCCGCUUUGAGGAGGACUUCAUUGAGAAGCGCAAGCGACGACUCAUCCUCUGGAUGGACCACAUGACUAGCCACCCUGUGCUCUCUCAGUAUGAGGGCUUCCAGCAUUUCCUCAGCUGCCUAGAUGACAAACAGUGGAAGAUGGGCAAACGCCGGGCAGAGAAGGAUGAGAUGGUGGGUGCCAGCUUUCUGCUCACCUUCCAGAUCCCCACAGAGCACCAGGAUCUGCAGGACGUAGAGGACCGUGUGGAUACGUUCAAGGCUUUCAGUAAGAAGAUGGAUGACAGUGUCCUGCAGCUUAGCACCGUGACAUCAGAGCUCGUGCGGAAGCAUGUGGGAGGCUUCCGCAAGGAAUUCCAGAAGCUAGGAAGUGCCUUCCAGGCCAUUAGCCAUGCCUUCCAGAUGGAUCCUCCCUUUAGCUCGGAGGCCCUCAACAAUGCCAUUUCUCACACCGGCCGGACCUAUGAAACUGUUGGUGAGAUGUUUGCUGAACAGCCCAAGAACGACCUCUUCCAAAUGCUUGACACACUGUCUCUCUACCAGGGCCUGCUCUCCAACUUCCCUGACAUUAUCCACUUGCAAAAAGGUGCCUUUGCCAAGGUGAAGGAGAGCCAGCGCAUGAGCGACGAGGGCCGCAUGGCUCAGGAAGAGGCAGAUGGCAUCCGCAGGCGCUGCCGCGUGGUAGGCUUCGCCCUGCAGGCUGAGAUGAACCACUUCCACCAGCGCCGUGAGCUUGACUUCAAGCAUAUGAUGCAAAGCUACCUGCGCCAGCAGAUCCUUUUCUACCAGCGGGUGGGCCAGCAGCUGGAGAAGACCCUGCGCAUGUACGACCAUCUCUGACAGACGGACCACCCGUGCAGGCCCUCUUCCCACCUGGACCUAGUUACUGCAGCCUACCCCGCUCCAAGCCUCCCUGUCUCUAGCAGUGGCUCAGGUGCUCAGGAGUGGGAGAGGCGAGAAGGGACUUUUGAGAAGUCCUGGUACCCCCUGGAAGAGUCUUCCCUCACUUUAGAGAUGGGUGAAUGGAGAGAGAGUCCUCUGAGCCAAAGCCUGGGCUGCUGGUCAGUCCCUAGAGAGCAGCAGUCUCUGUAGUCUACAGUUCACACUCACCUGGCCACCACACCCUGUUUAUUCCCUGGACUCCCUUGACUGCAGUAGCCAUGGCUGAAACACUAGUGACCAAGCCCGGAACAUGCCUGUCCCAGAAGAGCCACCUUUCAAGAUGGGUAUCAUACACUGCAGUGUGACAGGGACAUUUGAGGAUUCAUGGAAACUCCUUGAAGGACCACAGAACUCUGCUGGGCAGGGGACACUCCAUGGAGGAGAUGACAUUCCAGAAAUAUCUUGAAGAACUGCAAGGACCUACAAGACAGGAAAUGGGUGAAGGACAUGGGGAGAGAACCAAUGUUGUCUCUCCUCUUCUUUACCUUUUCCAAACAAGUUUGGUAUCCUCUCCAUGGGUUCUGGUCAGUCUGACAGAGGGAGGGAUCGUCCUUGCCCCGUGGUCCCUGGAUUUCCCUGCUGUACGGCUUCUGCAGGAGGGACUGCAGGCCAACUCCCUCCAAUACGUCUUGGACUCGCCUCUACCUUGGUUGGGGGACACCCCCCCUACUUUUCCUUGUUGAGGGGACUAUGCAGCAACUUUCCCUUCUCUGGGCUCAAGAUGCUCAAGCCAGGAUGCACAGAGCCUCUGGCGGUGCCUUUCUGGAGGAACCAGAAAGUGACCAGCAGGAACUCCCCGUUCUAGCAGGUCCAGGUCCCAAGUUCCCAGACACCUUUGCUUCUGUGGGCUGGUCUUCUCCAGUCCUUCUCAUUGCACAGUGGGAAGUCUGAGAGGAAGACACUGGGAACUUUAGACCCCCUGCUCCUGGCCAGACUCACUCACAGGUUGUGUUACCACCCACCUAUGUUUACAUCCUCCAGGAGUUACUGCCCCCUUACCCUUCAGGCCAGGAUGCGGCCCAGCAGCAUGUUGUUGGGAAGUGACCCUGUCCCCCCUGCCUUCCUGGAAGCCAUGGUCUGCUCCUGGGUCCUGCUGCUUCACUCUUUCUCUUGAUAAACCUUUUACAGUUAC